UACAUUCACUUCCCACCUGCUGACACACUGUCGCAAAAGGAACUCUGGGUUCUCAAGAAGAGGAUGAUUCGACAGCUCAAGUUGAAUGGGGUCAACUUUCACACCUUUGGCAUGGACCUGGCGACAGUUGAAGAGAUGGCUGAGCAGCGUCAAUGGGGUGCAGCGCCCUUUGUGGUCAGCACACGCCGUGAUCAGGGUGGUGAUCUGUUUAGGAGCGAGCUGGAAUCUCUGGUCAACAUGUGUCUUUACAAGCGGUUCCGGCAGUCGCAGGAAGAUGCGACCCACAAGGUUAUUGCCUGGAGAAAAGCAUUUGGUCCUUCCGAAGUGCCUGCGACGACCGCUGCGGAAAAGAUUUGGGGUGAGCGGGCCAUUGCCCAUGGCCUUAGCGAAACAUUGCCUGCCGAUGCACGUCCUACGGACCUCCAACAGACGACUUCACCGCCACUGGAGGCUCAAUUGAUGAGUCAGUACGCUGACCACUCUGCCAAUGGAUUCACGCCUCCGCCGCCUCAGAAUCAUGUCGUAGUUCCGACCAACUACGUUCCAGCGCUGCCACCGUCCUCGACCGGAUUCAACAAUGUCUUCGGAACGUCUAUUAGCUAUUCAGGCAUGGCAUCCUCGACAAAUUUGACACCUGGAGCUGCAUUAGCUUCGAUUGCUUCGCCGAAGCCGUCUAUCUUAAAUUCCACCUCUGCGUAUGUUCCUACAACAGCUUACUCUCCUCCUCCGCGAUCUCCAACAGCCAACUCUGCUACUCAGGCACGCUUGACCCUGAUACAUCAGUCCACGGGCAUGGCUGUGGACAGCUCCACGCGACCUAAUGAAAUCAUGGACGAAAACAACGUGAAUACUGUUCAUACACAGGCGCAAGGCUUGUUUAUGGAGUCGUACUUUACACCUCUACCAGGUACAGGAGACAACAGUAUUGUAUCGCCGAAUAUCAGCGAUCAGGGAUCCGAAGUCAAAGUUGAGGUUCCUAACUCGGUAUCAUCUUACCAAGUAUCGCAAGCAUCGGCCACUCAGACAUUGAUUGACCUAGGUAUCGAGCCACAGAAUCAUGGGUCUUUCAUUCUGCCAAAUACCUAUCAAUCUCCAGGCGCGUUCUUCAUCCCGCCGUCUGACUUAUACCAGGCGACGAUCCUGUCCACGGGCACCGGUGAGAUCCUGCCUGAUAUCUGGGAGGCUGUCGAAUUGGGCGAUCUGGCGACUGUAAAGCGCCAUCUGAUCAGUGGAGUGUCACCCGAUCAACGCAAUAGUUCUCGCUCGACACUACUCCAUCGGACGGCGUGGCAAGGUAGCAAGCCAUUUGCAGUGAUGCACCUCUUGAUCUCUUACGGUGCGAACGUGAACCUAACAAACGAGAACGGGAACACUGUGCUGCAGAACGUGCUUAUGAAGCAUGACGAUCCCUCACUGGUCAAGCUGCUUCUCGAUAAUGGCGCCGAGUCGACAAUCCCUAACAAAGAAGGGAUGAAUACUCUGGAGGUUGCAGCCUUAUUCAACAAGAUUGAGUCUGCAAGAUACCUUCUCGAGAAUGAUCUGUCGUCCUCUGAGCCAGAGAGUGUCCUCAAUGCGCUCCAGAGAGCGCGCAGCCCAGAUAAAAAGGCCAUAAAGACAUUGCUUAAGAGCUGGCAGGGCAAGGAAGGCGAGAUAAAGCGAGUGGAACUGACGAAGCGCCUGCGCGGACAGGACCUGCAUACCCAUCAUACCAACCAGAGUCAGGUCCAUAUAUAUGAGAGAAGCCUGAGUCAACUCCAGAACCAGAGCCAGACGCUGAUCCCCGAUGCCGCCAGUGUGCAUAGUUUUGACACGAACAAAGGUGGCGACGGAAAUGCGGGGUCGAGUAAAGCGAGCUCAUUGAACCAUGAAGGUCACGAGUUGGGUCCAUCCACAGGUUCAUCGUCUACGACUUCCAGUAACCAAGGAAACCAGGCAAAACAUAUGAGUCGGUUCAAUCUUAAGACCAUGCGCGCUGCCGCCCCCUCGAUGACCAAUCUUUUUAACCGCAAGUAGCGACAGCAUGCUUUGACGCAUUCACACUUUAUUUAUUCCUUUAACGACCUCACGAGCGUCUUGGCGAGCAACACAAUGGCAGACAGGAAAAUAAAAGAUGAGC